AUGGCGAAUCGAUCGGGUGUCGUGAGUGAUGUUUGGAAAAGGCUGUUUGCCACCAAGUGCAGCGGUUGUGGGGAGAAGAUCUCGGCCAGCGAGUUUGUGAUGCGAGCCCUGGAGAGCGUGUUCCACCUGAGCUGCUUCUGCUGCUGUGUGUGCGAUCGGCAGCUGCGAAAGGGCGAUGAGUACGUACUGAAGGAAGGCCAGCUCCUCUGUAAGAGCGACUACGAGAAGGAAAAGGAGCUCCUGAGCUCUGUCAGCCCCGACGACUCGGACUCAGUGAAGAGUGAUGACGAGGACUGUGAUAUUAAACCCAGUAAAUGCCCGGGGGGGCAGGGCAAGGCUUCCGAGGAUGGCAAAGACCCCCGGCGACCCAAACGUCCCAGGACCAUCCUCACAACACAGCAACGGAGAGCGUUCAAGGCCUCGUUCGAGGUUUCUUCCAAACCAUGUAGAAAGGUGAGAGAGACGCUGGCGGCGGAGACUGGGCUGAGCGUGCGAGUGGUUCAGGUCUGGUUCCAGAACCAAAGGGCGAAGAUGAAGAAACUCGCCCGACGACAACAGCAGCAGCAGGAGCAGCAGAACGGACAGCGUCUGGGACAAGAGGUGAUGUCUACCCGGAUGGAUGGGAUGUUGACCUCCUACACGCCCCUGGCUCCUCCGCAACAACUCGUGUCCAUGGAGCAGAACGGUUACAACUCCGAUCCCUUCCAGCAGGGCCUCACUCCGCCACAGAUGCCAGGCGACCACAUGAACCCAUACGGUAACGACUCCCUGUUUCACGACAUUGACAGUGACACGUCGCUCACCAGCCUCAGUGACUGCUUUCUCGCCUCGUCUGAAGUCAACCCUCUGCAAGCCCGGGUGGGUAACCCCAUCGACAGGCUUUACUCCAUGCAGAACUCCUAUUUCUCCUCCUGAAAAGAAAACACAGAGCAAAACAAAGCAAUGAAGCAACACAGCGAGCCAGCCAGUCGCACACAGCCCAGCCCAGCCCAGCCCAGCCCAGGGGGUUUACAAACCGACCGACCGAUACAUCAAUCGCAGUGACUUGGAGUGGAACAGAAGGAGAGGACAGGAGGAUAUAUAUAUAUAUAAAUAUAUAUAUGUAUAAAUAUAUAAAACUGUGCAACCACACAUUACUACCCGAGAAGGAACAAUGAACGUUUUGCCCGCAAACUAUACGGUCAAUUCGCUUUACAGCGUAUCCUGCG